AGAUGGGGUUUUGCAGUGUUGGCCAGGCUGGUCUCUAACUCCUGGCCUCAAAGGAUCCACCUGCUUCACCUUCCCAAAAUGCUGGGAUUACAGGUGUGAACCACUGCACCUGGGCAAGAGCAGAUCGUUUAUAUAGACAGAUAGUACACCCUGAAAAGGUGAGGCAAAGAGGGCUGCUGAAAAGGGAGUGAGCCAGCAGCUAAUGUUCAAUUUUCAUUUUUCUCUGGCUUCCUCCCAUCUUUAUCCAACUACAUUCAAAAACCAUACAUCAAGUAUGUAUUGGCUGGGCGUGGGGGCUCACGCCUGUAAUCUGAGCACUUUGGGAGGCCAAGGCGGGCAGAUCAUGAGGUCAGGAGUUUGAGACCAGCCUGACCAACAUGGUGAAACCCUAUCUCUAUUAAAAAUACAAAAAUUAGUCAGGCAUGGUGGCACGUGCCUGUAAUCCCAACUACUCAGGAGGCUGAAGCAUGAGAAUCACUUGAACCUGGAAGGCAGAGGUUGCAGUGAGCCGAGAUCGCACCACUACACUCCAGCCUAGGCAGCAGAAUGAGAUCCCGUCUCAAAAAAAAAAAAAAAAAAAAAAAGCAUGUAUUAUGUGCUAGGUACUGGGAAUAGAAAAAAUAAUAUAUAGCAGCCUUCCCUCAAGAUGCUCAGAUUGGGAUGAGAAAAAUAUUUAUAAACAAUUACAAUAGAAUGCGAUAAAAAUUAAUUUAGGCUGUGACCACAGUGUAUACAUAGUAAUCAGAGAGUAUGGUCAGUUUUGGUUCUGCUUUUAGAAUAUGUGUUUGGAGUCACCAGAGAUGUGACCCCUAAAUGCUUCAUGAUGAUGAUUAGCCUACUAAAGGAAAAACUAUGGAGAGGUGAAGGAGGCUCUACAUUUAGAGGGCAGAGAGCGGGUUGCUAUGGCUCAUAUCUGUAAUCCUAGCUACUUUGGAGGCUGGGGCAGGAGGACUACUUGAGCCUAGGAAUUUGAGACCAGAGUCAGCAACAGAGAGACCUGUCUUUAAAAACAAAACAAAACCCAAAAAGCCUAAUUCAGUCAAAGCAUGGGUAGAAGCCAGAUUAAGAAGGUUGAGCAGCUGGGCGGGUGGCUCACGUCUGUAAUCCCAACACUUUGGGAGGCCAAGCUGGGAGGAUUACUUGAGCCCAGCAGUUCCAGAUCAGCUUGGGCAAUACAGUGAGACCUCAUCUCUACAAAAAAUUAAAAAAUUAAAAAAUCACCUCUAGGAUUACAGGCGGUGGCUCACGCCUGUAAUCCCAGCACUUUGGGAGGCUGAGGCGGGAGGAUCGUGAGGUCAGGGGUUCAAGACCAGCCUGGCGAACGUGGUGAAACCCUGUCUCUACUAAAAAUACAAAAAUUAGCUGGGCAUGGUGGUGCACGCCUGUAAUCAAUCCCACCUACUUGGCAGGCUGAGGCAGGAGAAUUGCUUGAACCUGGACCUGGGAGGCAGAGGUUGCAGUGAGCUGAGAUCGCGCCACUGCACUCCUCCACCCUGGGCUACAGAGCUAGAGGCCGUAUCAAAAAAAAAAAAAAAAAAAAAGGCUGGGCAAAGAGCAGGUGAUUAUGAAGUGGUAAAUCUGACAGUGAAAAGUAGUUAGAAAACGAAGUGGAUAUUUUUCUCUCCACCCUCACCCACCCACUGAGGGUAUGCUCAGGGUUUUAGGCUAUAGAGGUAGAGGCCCAGGGAAGGAGUGAAUAAUAAUAAUGGAAGACUCAUAUGAUGCUUACUAUGUGCCAGGUACUAUUCUAAGCACUUUGCAUAUAUUAGCUUGUUUCAUACAUAGCUGGGCGGGGUGGCUCACAUCUUGGCUGAGGGGGAGGAUUGUUUGAGCUCAGGAGUCUGAGACGAGCCUGGGCAACAUAGUGAGAUUUCGUCUCUAUUAAAAAUCAAAAAAAUUAGCUGGGCAUGGCAGCGCGAGCCGGUAGUCCCAGCUACUCGGAAGGCUGAGGUGGGAGGAUCCCUUGAGAUGGGGAAAUCAAGGCUGCAGUAAGCCAUGAUAGUUCCACUGCACUCCAGCCUGGGUGACAGAAGGAGAACCUGUCUCAAAAACAAAACAAAAUAAACCAAACAGGCCAGGCACGGUGGCUCAUGCCUGCAAUCCUAGCACUUUGGGAAGCUGAGGCAGGCAGAUCACCUGAGGUCAGGAGUUUGAGACCAGCCUGGCCAACACGGUGAAACCCCGUUUCUACUAAAAAUACAAAAAUUAGCAGGGCAUGGCGGCGGACAGCUGUAAUCCCAGCUACUCGGGAGGCUGAGGCAGGAGAAUCGCUUGAACCCGGGAGGCGGAGGUUGCAGUGAGCCGAGAUCGCGCCCCUGUACUCCAACCUGGCGACAGAGCGAGACUCCGUCUCAAAAAGAAAGAAAGAAACAAAGAAAACAAAAACAAAUAGGGAUCAAUAAAUAGGCAGAAGCAGGCAUAAUCCGGGGCAGGCGAAGCCUCAGGGCCACGCCCGAGAGGCAUUUGUAUUUAACUUUCAGCAGUUCAGAGCCCAUGAUGGCCAGGUUACCCACUUGUGGACUUCCUUGACCACUUAAUUGAGUCAAUCUAACCCUCACCUUCUCUCUCCUCUCACUCCAUUUAACGGGUCAGGUAGCCACUAUGGCUUCCUUAGCCUAUCAGGCAACCUGGGGACUGAGUCAUUCAGUCAGUCACCUAUCUGGUGGUCACAUCUGCCCCUGGGGUCAUCCCUUUACUGGGCCACCUCGGCCCAUCGGGACCUGUCAGUCCUUGAGCUCCCUCAGGCCCCUAGGCUGGCCAGGUCGCCUCAGUGCCACGCCUCCCUAGCCCGCGAUUCGGCCUGCACGUUACGCUUUGUUCCCAGAAGCAGGUUUUCGAAACGCCGCUCCCUCUCGGCUCCAGCUGUUUUCCUGCCAGCGCUGGGAGACCCGGCAGCCGCAGCGCCCCCAGCGGCGCGCAGCGGCCCAGGAAGAGAGUGCCUGCCGCCGGCGCCUCUUCAGUCUCCUCCUGGAACGCGGGAGCGGGCGAGACCAGCGCCCACCCUGCGUCGCGACGGUGCUCCUGAUUUGCUGCGCUGUGUGACGUAACGGGAGGGCCCCGGCGGCCGCCGGGAGCCGGAGCCCCGCGCGUGCGCAGACGGAGCGCGCUGAGCGGAGGGGGAGGUGGCUGCCGCUUCUCCCGCGUCCGCCAUUUUGUUGCUGUGGCUAUUGGGAACAAGCUGGGCAAAAGCACCCCGGAGGCGCGACGCUCCUUCGAUUUCGGUGCCUCGUGUGACGGCGGGGGUCGGUGAAGACCCGUAGAGCUGGGGCGCCGGCGCGUUCCAGGCUGGGAGUCACUGGAGGCACCCCUGGGACGCCGAGCAGUCCGAGAACCCCGGGGUGGCCUCCGCUGCGGCUCGGGUUUGCCUGCCCCGACCCCCCGGCUCUACCCUGCAUUCCCGGGCGGCUCUCUCCGUGUGGCGGCCCGGAGCAGGCGGGCGGCGUCGGAGGAUGCUGCGGGCCCGGAGCCGAGAGGAAAGUGCUGGCCCAGCCCUCUGAGCGCUCCUCGAGGUGUGCGAGAGGCCCUUCCUCGGCCCCAAAGCCGUCUGCCGGGCUAAGGCGUGCAGAGCAGGCGAGGACAGUCGCCGCCCCUAUCACCGCAGAGUCCCCGGCCCGACACCAUGUCCUCCGCCAGGUUCGACUCUUCGGACCGCUCCGCCUGGUACAUGGGGCCGGUGUCUCGCCAGGAGGCGCAGACCCGGCUCCAGGGCCAGCGCCACGGUAUGUUCCUCGUCCGCGAUUCUUCCACCUGCCCUGGGGACUAUGUGCUGUCGGUGUCCGAGAACUCGCGGGUCUCCCACUACAUCAUCAACUCGCUGCCCAACCGCCGUUUUAAGAUCGGGGACCAGGAGUUUGACCAUUUGCCGGCUCUGCUGGAGUUUUACAAGAUCCACUACCUGGACACCACCACCCUCAUCGAGCCCGCGCCCAGGUAUCCAAGCCCUCCAAUGGGAUCUGUCUCAGCACCCAACCUGCCUACAGCAGAAGAUAACCUGGAAUAUGUACGGACUCUGUAUGAUUUUCCUGGGAAUGAUGCCGAAGACCUGCCCUUUAAAAAGGGUGAGAUCCUAGUGAUAAUAGAGAAGCCUGAAGAACAGUGGUGGAGUGCCCGGAACAAGGAUGGCCGGGUUGGGAUGAUUCCUGUCCCUUAUGUCGAAAAGCUUGUGAGAUCCUCACCACACGGAAAGCAUGGAAAUAGGAAUUCCAACAGUUAUGGGAUCCCAGAACCUGCUCAUGCAUAUGCUCAACCUCAGACCACAACUCCUCUACCUGCAGUUUCCGGUUCUCCUGGGGCAGCAAUCACCCCUUUGCCAUCCACACAGAAUGGACCUGUCUUUGCGAAAGCAAUCCAGAAAAGAGUACCCUGUGCUUAUGACAAGACUGCCUUGGCAUUAGAGGUUGGUGACAUCGUGAAAGUCACAAGGAUGAAUAUAAAUGGCCAAUGGGAAGGCGAGGUGAACGGGCGCAAAGGGCUUUUCCCCUUUACGCACGUCAAAAUCUUUGACCCUCAAAACCCAGAUGAAAACGAGUGAUUGCUGUUGCCCUGUUUCCUGCUGCUUUGUUGUUCUGCCUGUCCUAGUCUCCUUUGAAGUGGGAAAGCAUUUUCUCUCAUAGGCAAGUCACACUGCAUUGCCGAAGUCCAGCUUUCUGCAGACUGGCAGUCGCACACACAUUUGGAAUGCACACAGCGGCUGCCUCCUGACGUUUGUAUCAUAGUCGUAUUGUCAAAGAGUAGCCGAUUUUAGAGUUCUUUUGGAUCAUAAACUGGAAAUACUGAUGGAAGCACACAAGUGGAGAGAAGUUGACGAGGAAAGGGUCUUCCUUCUCAUUGCUGCCCGUUUGUACAUGGGACUGAUUCUGUCGUGUUCACCAGAGAAAGCUUGAGGCCAUGGCGAGAUACUGCAUGUUUGCUGUUCUACAAAGCAGUGGCUCAGCUGCCAUCUUGCUUUUCUUUGGACAACAGGAAGUGAACCUUAAGGAAGAGAGAAUUCUGUCCUAAAACUCCAAAAUCUGGCUUUUUUUUCUUUUGUUUUGGAAAACUAAUUAAUUAGACUUGUGUGGGGGUUUUUUUGGUUUUUUUGUUUGUUUGUUUGUUUUGUUUUUUUUUUUGAGACGGAGUCUCGCUCCGUCACCCAGGCUGGAGUGCAGUGGCACAAUCUCGCCUCCCUGCAGUCUCCGCCUCCUGAGUUCAAGCGAUUCUCCUGCCUCAGCCUCCCGAGUAGCUGGGACUACAAGCGCGCACACCACGCCCAGCUAAUUUUUGUAUUUUUAGUAGAGACGGGGUUUCAUCAUGUUGACCAGGCUGGUCUCGAACUCCUGACUUCAGGUGAUCCACCCGCCUCAGCCUCCCAACGUGCUGGGAUUACAGCUGUGAGCCGCCGUGCCUGGCCUAGACUUGUGUGUUCUAAACAGGUUAAGUAGUAGGUUGAGUUUUUAUGAUAGUGCAAGGAAUGACUCAUGCCUCUGAGCUUCUAAACUGAAGCUGCUGUAACUAAAGGAAUCUGAAAAGAACAACCCUGAAGCAGAGGCCUUUAUUGUCUUGGUUGCCAGUAGUACCUUGUUUUGCCAUGUAGCAGACAACACACAAAAUAAUGCAGUUGUGGUGUGCCAUGCUAUGUGCACAGGCCCUUGGAUUACUUUGUUUUAAAAAGCAUCAGAGUUGGGGGGUACUUUAGGGAAACCUUUGCUUACCUUGUUUUGCCAGUGAUAAGAGCAGUGGGUUGGAGGGCAGUUGGCCAGUUUUCUGUUCAGCUUUUCAGUGAAUAUACCCCUUUAAGGUUAAGACUUAAACUUCCUUAAAAAGUGGGGUUGUUCAUAGAAUCACUGGGCUCAUUAAUGAAUCGUUAAACUCCACUCACUGACGCCCAGACCUCCGUGCCCAGGCCCAGUCUCGCCAGGCUGCCAGAGAAAGUUGGUGCUGCCCAUACUGGUCUCACAGUCUAAGUAAGUGUCUGUGAUGCUCCCAAGCAAAGGAAAUGCAAGCUCUGGAAAUUCGUUAAUGUAUUUGAUGUCUUAGAGUUUUAGUGACUAGGGAGACCAUUAACCAGUUUAUCAUUAACCACUUAUCAGUGUAUUGAUAUUAAAGCAUUUCCCUGUUAGCUAAAAGAGGCCUGUUCAUACAAGCCAGCUGGUAUAUAUGUGUGGUUCAUCCAUCAUCUGCUGCACAUAGCAGACUAGAAUUCUGGGAACCCUGUGCAAUUCAGUCUGCUCUCCCUUCUGGACCCUGGUAAAGACAAGCCUCAGCUCAUAGUGAACACAGCAGACCUAGAAAUGUAGCAACAGCCUAAUGAGUAGCUGUCAUUUACUGAGCAUCUGCUGUGACUGUGGCCCUGUCUGGAGGUUCCUGGGUUUUGAGAUUUAGAGCAAUGCAUUCUGGAGACAGAACCAGCAAAACAACCAUUUUUCGAUUUUUCUUUAAGUCAGUAUUCCAUCAGGCAGAUAACUGCCGUAUUCAUGAAUCUUGACAGUGUUCCUGAGACAGAAUUAAUGGUCAGUUGGGAAAACUAUCACCAUGGCUUCCCAUCUGUGGUUUUCCUCUAAAAGCCUUGGAGAUUAGCCCUUCCUUGCCAGUGAGAACGGUGGCCGCCUCCUGCUCUGCACGAUCUGCGGCAGUUGCCGCUUCUGGUUAGGUGUGUCAGGUUGGCUCAUUUUGGGUUCAGGUCUGGCGUAGCACCCACAAGUGGCAGACAUAUCACAGUCCCCAAACUCUGCCUAGAAACAGUAUUUGCCUUUUGGCCAGUGACAUGGUUCAUCCUUGCCCAUGUUGAGUCGUGAGUGGAGUUUGCAGCAGAGGGAGGAAUGUGUGUCUUGUUCAAGGAGGGCACAGACCCUUAGGCCUUUUUCAACCAGAUUUAGCUGAAGGGCUUGACACCUUUGAAUUACAGCAGUUGACUCAGCGCAAGAAGUAUGUGACCAUUUUGGAAAGCAACGUUUCCUUUCAGCCCUGUCUACUGACCAAUACCCCGACUCACCUUGUGUGGCGCACUUCAGAAUCAGAUAUACCUAGAAUAUACCUGUGGUUUGUUUUUAUAAUUAAUCAGCUCAUUACUUCAGCCCAUGAAAAUGGCAUCCAGGGCUGCCAGGAGAUUCAGAGCUCAAAACAAGGUGAGCUUGAGUUCUGCACUCCAGAUAUGUGCCAAAACUAGUAAAACUGACUGACUUACAGCCUUGUCAAUUUUUUUAAUCAGGCAGGGAUACUCUGUUUUUCACACUAAACAUAUGAACGCAGCACUGCUGCGUCAGCUCAGCUUCAUGCCUGGGUUCCCCACUGGUCUAGGAAGGCUGUUGUGCUCCAUAGAGCAGUGCACAUCUGACCCAGAGGGUGGGUGUUCAUAACUGCUACUUGCUCUGCUCUACCAUGUUUAAAGAAAUAUUUGGAUGUUAAAUUAACUCACUAUGGUUUUUCACCUGGGAAGGAAACAAAUUACGUACUAGAGGGCACUGACUGGUUAAAAAGUUGUGUAUCCCAGGAAGGACCUGCGGUACAGGAGUCAGCCGUGUCUGUGCUGUGUGGAACCACCUGACGACAUGGCUAACGAGGAAGACGAUGUGUUGACCGGCUGCCGUUUGAGGACUUUGGUCACCCAGACUAGAUACCUUCUGUGCUCAUGUUUGGAAAGCUGAAAGGGAAGGACAGCUGUGCCCUCCUGGGAGCUCACGUGUCCCUGGCGCUGUGCUAGCUUUCCUUUACAGCUGUUUACAGACAAGGCAGGCCUGAGGCAGAUGGCCACUGCUCUUGUGAUGUUUGCUCAGAGGAAUAUGAACAUUUUAUUUUUGAAAAGGGAUGAUGUGGUUUUGUGCCAGGUGUUUAUAAUUUAAUCCUUUAAUAUUAUGGUUAUUAAUCUCUUAAACAUGAAUGAAUUCUUGAUUGUUUUAACACAGUACCUAAGACUAAUGCUUUCUGUGGACACCACUGAGCUCUGCCUCAACUCCACCCUCUGGGACCGGAGGACUAUGCCCCUGGUAACUGCUGUCAGUGUGGACUCUGUGCUGGUUCUAUUUUCUAAAGGAGCAGAAGGACAGGUCUCUGAGACAGGAUCGUUGUCCCUACAGGAGGAACAGUGGCCUUGCUUCUUAGACGGUCUUCACUGUGUGUUUUAAAACAAAAACAACAACAACGUAAAACUCUUUUGACCUGUAACUUAAAGAUCAUAAACUUCAGGCAAUAAUAUUUUCUGUGUAAGCUUUUAAAAUUAUUUUUGGGGAUCAUAGCUUGUUUUAUUUUGUGCUAUAAAAUUAACAGUAUUAAAUGACUUAUAUUCUUAGAAUACAUCGAGUGUCUUUUCUUAACAGAUUACUGCCUUUUUAUUUUUGUAUUCCGUUUUACGUUAGUGGUCCCAGCAUCAAAACCCUUGUUUCCAUGGCCUGUUUGUAUAUUGUCUCAAUAAAACUUGCAUCAGCCGGUGGUGGCGGCA